UCGUCUGCUUCUUGUUUUUUUUUCAAGCUUGAUAGUGCGUUGUUAUUUUAUCGGUCUAGCUCUUGCGUUUUGAAACUUUUAGAUAUUGUUAAUUGCAUUCCGUUUCACGUCUAUCCUCUAGAAUGGCGUGGGCUUCACCACUCGCCAGGAUAGGCACAUCCAAUCUCUUGAAAGUUCGUUCUCAAAGUGUUCCAGCGGCCCUUUACCAUGCUAAGGUGAUUGACCAUUAUGAAAAUCCAAGAAACGUUGGCUCACUGGACAAGAAGAAGUCAACUGUCGGCACAGGUUUAGUUGGAGCCCCAGCAUGUGGUGACGUCAUGAAACUUCAGGUGGAAGUUGAUGAAAAUGGAAAGAUUGUCGACGCCAAAUUCAAAACCUUUGGGUGCGGAUCUGCUAUUGCAUCGUCCUCCUUGGCCACAGAAUGGGUGAAAGGCAAAACGGUCGAUGAAGCAUUAAAGCUGAAAAAUACUGACAUCGCCAAAGAGCUGUGCCUACCUCCUGUGAAACUACAUUGUUCCAUGCUUGCAGAAGACGCCAUCAAAGCAGCUUUGGCCGAUUACCGUGUAAAACAAGAGUCAUUGAAGAAGGAAUAGUUUUCAAAUGCAGCAUAAAGGUUUUCUUUUCAUUGAAAGAUUCUGGUACUGUGAAAUGUCAAGUCAACAUCCAUAAUUGAUUAAGGAUUAUAAUGAUUGUGAUAUGUGUGUGAUUGUGGAAAGUUGCAGCUUUUACAAGUUUCUUUAUCAUGCUUUUGUAUUAAGUUGCAUCUGAAACAGCUGUAACAUAGAUUUAUGGUAGGUUGUAAACUUCUUGUUUAGAUAACUGAAUCUGUAGAUCUGCAGAAAUCAUUUCUUCAUUAUAUUUUAGUUCCUUCUGUCUUAAAAAUUUCAUUGGCAAUACUUUUAGCAGUCAUGAUAAAGUUUGGGCUAUUAAGGUGCCAUAAAUAAAACAAAAGUUUGGUUUCAGGAAA